AGCAAUGGUGAGGCGUGCACGUCAUGAACUCUAAAACAAAUCGACAAUAAUUCAAUCCGCAAAACGGUUAUACUCUGACGUGAUAUCGAAUAUUUGAUUUCAUUGAACUGUAUUUUUUUAAUUAUAUCAAAAAGUUAGAUUUCGUGACUCAAGUGCCGCUAGCUGGGGCCAACAGGAAGAUGUCUCUGUGGCAGACUUGGGGUCUCAUCGCGUGUAUUUGCGCGUGCGCUAUCGCUCAACGCAUAGACCAGGAACCAUUGCUGUCUCCUCGUCCAGCGAGGGUCAGAGAUCGUGACGUGAAACCGGAUGAACCGACUUGUGACCAACUGAAAGCUAUGUGGCGGUUCUCAAAGAGACAAGCUCGGGCUCCCGAGUUGAUUAACGAAGUACCGGCCGUGCCCUACCGUGACCCGCUGAUGUACAACGAGUGGCCGGUCUACACUGCGAUGCCCCGCGCUGCUCCAAGAUUUCGAUACCAGUACCCGUCUAUCCCACGAGAGGCGUAUGGUCGGGUGAUCACUAAGGCGCCACCGAACGUGGUACGCACACCGGAUUAUGGCGAGAUGUUCGGAAUGUUGAACGUGCCACAUACUUCUGGAAAGAUCCUUCGGUACCCUGGACCGUCUCGGCCUCGCGGUGGACCCACUUUCAUGGUACCACCCCAGAGGGAUAGAUUCGAAGCUUUGAAGAAACUGAUCCGACAAGAACACGUCCGCGAACUACAAAGGAAAUACGAAACGGAACAAAAACAGGAGUUGAAAGAAAUUGCAGCUGGGCGAGGUAAUGACGAUUUUGUAUACGGAACCUAUGGAGAACAAGAGCCACGAGGACUUCAGCCUUUAGAGUACGCUGACGAGCCCAGCGCGAGACAUGGAAAAAAACCACAGAGCGGCAGUCGUCAGGUAUCCCAAUUCUCUCGCUACUCCGAUGUGAUGCUGCCACCAGUACGUCGGACCUUUUACCACCCGUACCUCGACUACGUCCUUCCAGAGUACGUUCCCUAUGCCUACUGAAACAAUGGAACUUUCUAGAACGAUCUUGAACAUUCCAGAGGGAUACUUCCCUUACGUACAAAUACUAUGUGGGCUUUAAACUCCAAUUAAUAUAAUUAUCAGUAUUGAAAACGCCAUAUCGAAAGCAUAUCCUCGCUUUCGCUUCUGACCCGAGCUUUCAGCGUAUCUAUUGCAAUAUUUUUAUAUUUUUAAUUUAAAAAAAAAACUGAGGUUUUCUCUGUAGAUAUGCGAUUUUUAACCCCUUUAUAAUCGCAUUGUAUUUUUAUAGAUAUAAGAUUGUAAUAGUAUUUUUCUUGUAUUUAAAAUCGGCUAUAGGUCGAUGUUAGAUUUAUAAUUCGUAGGCUAAAUCCUCUUUCGAGACAAUAAUAUUUUUUUUUAAAUUAAAUACAUUAUUAUGAUCAAUUAAAAACCUACGAGUAGAAACCGUCAAUUUCCAAGACGUAAACGAAUGGACAAUAAAAAAAAUUAACCUAAAUGUUUAGAGGUUUAUUCGAUAUUAGACUUUAAGAGUAUUUUUUUUUUAAUGAUUUAUUGUCAAAGUAUUUAUAACUUUCAAUUUAAUAUUCGAAACAUUUUCCUUGGCUGUUUCUUUUCAAAGAAAUAUAUUGAAAUACUUUUGUUCGAGUUUGUUUUUAUUAAUAUUCGUCGGCCGUUGUGUGAGCAAACGUUCGUCAAGAAUAUAUUUGAAAUGCUAUUAGACUGGCGCAUUAUCACAUUGAAAUAUUCAAAUUUAUCGAUAACUUCGGGCGAAUAUUCGCCUCUAUUCAUCGAUAAAUAUUUUCGCAAAUGACAUUGACAUUCAUGACAUUUGUAAAAUGUGCGACGCCAGUCAGUAAACAACAAAAGAAUACGAAAAUAAACUAAAUUGUUACUUGUAACUUAUUAUAUUUUUAAUGUUAGUUAUAUGUUUAAGUUUAUUUUAAAUAUUUUAAGUCUGAUUACAAUUAUUAAUAUGUCAAUAAUUAUCCAAAGUAGAAA